UUUCAUUAUAGUGUCUCAAGCUACCAAAGUUUCGAAAAAUAAUGCCGCAAAGCUGGAAUUCGAUAAUAAAAAGUCGGAUAAGGACCUCUCAGAGGAAUAUGACGCUCAGUCGUUGUGUGUAUGUACUACAAUGUGUCAAAAUAAGUGUCGCUUCUUUGGUUUUAAUCCAAGAUUGAAGAAAUGCCGUGUUCACUGGAGGGCCUUCACUUCCGGAAUGUCGGACGAGAUUGGAUGGAGAUACUAUUCUCACGAUUCACUUUCUUUGGACUGUAGCGACCUUCGUGAUACUGGUCACACUAAUUCAGGGGUGUACAAAAUUUAUCCCAAUGGGAACAUCUCCCUUCCGGUCAGAGUUUACUGCAAUAUGGAGACAAUGGACGGAGGAUGGACGGUAAUUCAAAAACGAAUAAACGGAUCCCUGAGCUUUGACCAGAUGUGGACAGAUUAUAAAAAUGGAUUUGGUACUCCGGAUCAGGAUGUCUGGAUCGGAAAUGACAUAAUCCAUCAGUUGACAAAGGAAAAGAACUCGUACCUCUAUGUUUCCAUCACACUAGUGAACGGUACAGCAUUGUACGAGUUGUACAACAAAUUUUCUAUUUCCGAUGAAGCAGGGAAGUAUCAACUGUUUCUGGCUGGACCUGCUACGGGCACCUUAGGAGACAGCAUGUUAAACACAGGCUAUUCUUGGGCUGAUCAGUCUGGGAUGUACUUCACCACCCCAGACAGGGAUAACGACGGAUGGAGUGGUGGUAACUGUGGUGUUAAAUGGAGUGGAGGUUGGUGGUUCCACGCCUGUUACCGCGCCUACCUUAACGGUCAAUGGUAUUCGGCAGACUGGUCGUCCGAUCCUUGGGGUACAAUAUCGACUGGACAGUCUGUGAGGGAGACGAUGAUGAUGAUCAGGCGUCACUAGAUUCGGAUCAUACGAAGAAGUCACGUUUCGGGGCGCCGUGGACGCUGAUGACACUGUUCUUCUGAACAUUUUCAUUCUAAAAAGAGUAAAACGAUAAUUUAAAAAAAGGGGGGAAAACCCACCCACCCAACACCCACCCCCGAUACUACUUGCCUGUAAUUAUACAGUAAUUUUUAAUUUUCUAAAUUAAAUUAACUUUGCUUAUGCUUUAAGUGUUGUAAAUAAACUGUAAAUUAGAAAUAUUUUGUUGUAAUUUUCAAAUGCUACCCCACUGAUAUAUCU